GAUUACACUUGACGCGAUAGUAGUUAACAGUGUUUGUAGUACGAUAAAAUAGAGCAUUAAAAAUGGAGGGCGAAACAACGGUGACGAAUCCUGCCAGCGAUAGAAAAGUGGCACUGAUAACAGGCAUUACGGGUCAAGAUGGAUCAUAUUUGGCCGAGUUUCUGCUGGACAAGGGAUAUGAGGUGCAUGGAAUAAUUCGCCGGGCCAGUACAUUCAACACUUCGCGCAUCGAGCAUCUGUAUGCGGAUCCGCGCACGCACCGGGAGGGCAAGAUGAAGCUACACUACGGUGACAUGACCGAUAGUAGCGCGCUGGUGAAAAUUAUAGCACAAGUCCGACCGACCGAAAUCUACAACCUAGCCGCACAAAGCCAUGUAAAGAUUUCGUUCGAUUUAAGCGAAUACACGGCUGAAGUGGAUGCGGUCGGUACGCUCCGUCUGCUGGAUGCCAUUCGUACCGUGGGCCAGGAAAAGACGGUCCGCUUUUAUCAAGCAUCCACGUCGGAACUGUACGGGAAAGUAGUUGAAACGCCACAGAACGAAAAGACACCGUUUUAUCCCCGGUCACCGUACGCCUGCGCCAAGAUGUACGGAUACUGGAUUGUGAUAAAUUAUCGCGAAGCGUACAAUAUGUUCGCUUGCAACGGUAUUCUCUUCAAUCAUGAAUCACCUCGCCGGGGAGAAAAUUUUGUGACGCGUAAAAUUACUCGCUCGGUGGCAAAGAUUUCACUCGGCCAGCAGGAAUACCUCGAGCUGGGCAAUCUGGACUCGAAACGUGAUUGGGGCCACGCCAAAGAUUACGUCGAAGCGAUGUGGCUUAUGAUGCAGCAGGACCAGCCGGAAGAUUUUGUAAUUGCUACCGGAGAAACGCACUCGGUGCGGGAAUUUGUUGAAAAAGCGUUCCAGUACAUUGGGCGCGAGAUUGAAUGGCGAGGGACGGGUGUGGAUGAGGUGGGCGUGGAGAAGGGUACCGAGACGGUACGGGUACGCAUCAAUGCUAAGUUUUUCCGCCCGACCGAGGUGGAUCUGCUGCUGGGCGAUGCGUCCAAAGCGAAGGCACAGCUGGGCUGGUCGCCGAAGGUAACAUUCCUGGAGCUGAUCGCUGACAUGAUGGCAGCGGAUAUACAGCUGAUGAAGAAUAAUCCAUCCGCGUAGAGGGCAACGAAUCGAAUUG